CGCUAUAUACGCAGUUGUUAAAUCGGCAUGGUAUAACCAUUCUGAUUGGUUGAAAAAUAUGGCGCAGAUGUUGAGCACAGCAAGAGACGCCUACGUUAUAAACAACCCGAAUAAAAGUUUGUAAUUUGAAAUGAUAACUAAAAUAAAAAUGAUAAAAAUUUGAAAUAAAAAAAAGCAUUUAAAUUGUUAGAAAAGAAAAUUUUUCAUGCUAAAAAGUAUUCUAUUAGCUAAUGGUUUUUUUGUUAUGGUUUAACUCCAACUGGAGAGAAAGAGACAGUUGUACUGGUUUUCAAUGUCGGAUUAUUGUUGGAAUUACGAUGACUUUCAACUAAAAAUUCUUUAUUCGAAAAGCUUAUUAGCCAACAUCGAUAAUGGCUAAAAGAUUUUAAGUUAUUGCAUAAUUACGAGUUAUAUUAAAAUUUUAUAUAAAAAAAAAGAAAUAUUGAAAACUCAUCAAGUGAGUUAUGUCGAAUGUUGAUGAAAAUGCUUUAAUGAAACGUGAACUUCUGGAUGCAGAACUAGAUUCAAGCGGCUUUAUUGAUGAGAUUGAACUGGCUGCAGUAGUUGAUCUAAAACCAUAUGAACUGAAACAAAUAUUUGCAAGACUAGACACUGAUAAAGAUGGAAAGAUAUCAAUCACAGACUUUAUGGAAAACUACACGCUUUUCCAAUCGUAUGCGGACGUUAAAAACACGUCAAUGCAACCCGAAAUUAAAACAAAUAGUACUGAGUAUUUUGAAAAUGGAAAAAUAGCCUUAAAAGAAAACUCAAAUGAUAGUGGAUUUAAUUCUACUAAUACUGCUAUGAAGAUACCUGAUGCUUCAUCUGACAAUACGUUAAAAGUACCUGAUGAUAUGAUGAGGAUACCUGAUGCUUCAAUGAGUUUAAAAAACUCAUCAUUAAAAGUAUCAGAUGCUGCAUUCAAUUUAAAAAAUAAACCAUUGAUGAUUGAUUUAAAGACCGAGGCGAAAAAUCAACUAGGACAGGAAUACCUUGAUGAUUUAUAUGAGAUUGCCAGAUCCAGAGAUGAUCCGCUGCUUCUUGAUUCCUUGGAAAAUUUUCUUGCUGCAACAGUAGAUAAUUUAUUGAGAAAACAGGCAGAAAAUGAAUACUUGGAGCUUUCUCUUAAAAGAGCAACAUUAAAGAAUAAUGAGUUUAGUUCGCAGCUUGAACAAGAAAUGGAUCAACAUGUUCAAAUGCUGGAGGAGAAAAUUCGACAAGAAGAACAGCAAAAACUGGCUAUUCAAAAACAAGAAGCCUAUCAACAGUUAAUAAUUGCUCAAAAGGAACUGGCUGAAAUGGAGAAUAAAGUUAAAAUGCUAGAAAAACAAGUCGAGGAGAAAUCAGUUAAAACUGUCAUUCCUAAUACAAUUUUAGAAGAAAUAAAGCUGAAGGAAAAGGAAAAUGAAACUCUUCAUCUUCGUUUGCUUGAAUUUCAAACACAAAUGGCUCUUAUGAGAACUGAAGUUGCAAAACUUAAGUGUGAAUAUGAUGAACAAUCUGAUCGUCUUCAAAAAGAGCGUGUAACUGUUUUAGAUUGUGUCCAAGAGCAAGAAAAUUUAACACGACAAUUACAUUUGCUACAUGAGGCAAAUAAAAAGUUGCACGAUACUAAUGAUGAUCUUCGUUCAGCAAUGGAGGUCAAGCGCUCGAACAGUUAUUUUAUUGGCUCUCCAGUAAAACGUACUACAAGUUUGGUGUUAACUAAGUAUAGACAGCCGAAUUUGCACAGUUCAUUCCGAAGUGAUCCUGGACCAGAUUUAAAUCUUAAUGACUUUGAUGACACAGAUAUUGAGGAUGCUUCAGGACGAUCAAUUAUACCUUAUGAUGAAGAAGUCAUUGACAAAUCUUCACUCAUGGCAGAAUUAAUGGAGGCUGAUGACCAAGUUCAUAAUGGCUAUAUGUCUGGAAAAAAACCUGUUAGAGUACUCAGUCUUGAAAACUCUGCUUCAUCUACCCCUCAAAAACAUGUUGAUAGAGAGCGGUUUGUACGUCAACUAGAGGUUUUGUGCGAAACAAAUAGAAGAUUAGGUGAAAGUAAUGAUGAACUUAGAGAAGCACUAGGAAUUUUAUCAGAGCGACUGCGACCACUAGAUUUGAUAAAAAAAUCCUCUGGUUGUCAAUCAGCUCCAGUGACUCCUUCAAGAAGAAUUUACAGCUCUCCCAUCUCCAGCUCUCCUCAAAAGUCGGCAGAAUCAUCCCACAAAGGUUUUGUUGACACAAUGAAAAAGUCUGCUGAAUCAUCCCACAAAGUUUUUGUUGAUACUGCAAAAAAAGAAGUAAAACUUCAAUGUUUUACUCCUUUUAAUGAGUCUUCUGUGGAUUCUACUACAUUUAACACUGAUGAUGCUACUGAAUCUUCAAUCUUAAAAGGAGAAUAUCAUAGAAGAAUGGUUGAUGAUCGCAGUUAUAAUAAUAAUAAUAGUUUAACAGAUUCAAGUAAUGAAGCUACAAACAUUGAAUCUACUGCAUAUGAUGAUGAAUCUACUGUUUAUGAUGGGGAAUCAACUGUCUAUGAUGGAGAAUCAACUGUCUAUGAUGGAGAAUCUACUGUUUUAAACACCUGUUGUUGUGGUAAAAUAAUUUUUGAAGACAAAAAUUUGUGCAAAGAUUGCACUUUUACAGACACUGAAAAAGGCACUGGAAUUUCAGAUACAUUUUUGUCAAGUGAUCAGAGUUUGUUUGAUAAUAUUCACACUGAAAGUUCUGACUUGAAUAGUUUACAUGUCCUACCAGCAAAAACUGAUAUGUGCACUCAAGUAGAUAAUAAUCUUAGUUUAUGUGCUAUUUCUGAAAAACAUGAAGUUUCAGUUCAGUGUGAAUUCCCUCGUGAACUUCCAAGUAAAAAUGAACUAAAUGUCAAUCAGUCUUUUGAACAUAAUAAAACAAAAUUGCAAAGAAAAGAAGCAAAAAUGAAUAAUCAUUUACUAAACAAAACCCAAUCAACAGAAUAUCAGUUUAAAGAAAUAGAUGAGAUAGUGCAUGAUAUAGUUGAAUCAAGUCUUGAUAAAGCUGAUAGUAUAAGCUUGGAUCAUAUUUAUGAAAAACACAAUAGUAAGGAAGUUAGUCAACAAAUUUCUGAAAAACCUUACUAUAUAUCUGACUAUAAUUUUUAUGACAUAUUUAAUGACCAUUCGAUAAAUCAAGUACCUGAGUCAACAAUUCUUACAGACUCUGAUGAUAGCAAUAAUUAUAGUGAUCAAGAAACAGGGAUUGAUAUGAGCAUGGUAAAACGUUUCAAACCAGUUGGCGAAGAGAGUAAUGAGGACGCUACUUACGAAACUACUAAUGAAUACAUGACUAACUACUCUUGGUCUGUAAGCUCUGGAUCUGCAUUUUUAUUGAAAAAAAAAAAAAAAGAGUUAAGCAUACGCUCACAACGCCAGUUUGAUGAAGAUGUUGAUGAUUAUAAUAUGCCAGAUGAAGAACUUGCUCGUUUAGUUAAUCAAACAAAUGAUGACGAUUUUUCAAGCACUAGUGAGGAAUUAAUCACUGUAGAAGAAAAAAUUAUUGAGCCAUGUGAAGCUGCAAAGAAUCAUGUCCUGAAGCGUGAGUUUGGGGUUGGUGCAGAUACUUCAGGUGAAUCAUUAUCUGCAAAGGAAGGAGAUGCAACUGUUCCAGAGAGAAUGUAUAAAUUAGUUUUAGUUGGAAAUGCAGCUGUUGGAAAAUCAAGUUUUAUUAUUCGUUUAUGCAAGAAUAAAUUCUAUUCUUCUCUUAACUCAACUCUUGGUGUUGAUUUUCAAAUAAAAAACCUCCAAUUAAAUGGAAAAACAGUAGCUCUGCAGCUCUGGGACACGGCUGGACAAGAAAGGUUUCGAAGUAUUGCAAAAAGUUACUUUCGAAAAGUUGAUGGCGUUAUACUCAUGUAUGAUGUAACAUGUGAAAGUUCUUUUAUGGAUGUUCGAGAUUGGCUGGAAUCUAUAAAAGAGGGAUCCUCAAAAACAGUUCCUAUCAUAAUUUGCGGCAAUAAAACGGACCUUCGACUUGAUGCACGUCGGAAAGGUAUGCCAGUUGUCAGUCAAGAGCAAGGUCAAAGGUUAGCAAAUGACAUUGGAGCUCUUUUUAUUGAAACCAGCGCAAAAGAAGGAACAAACAUCACUAACACAUGCAUAGAAUUAACCAAACAAUUAAUUCAAAAUGAUGAAAAACGAUUGUCUGCCACAGGAAUGCAACUAAAUAAACAGCCGAGUCAAACAAAAAAAAAUGGUUGCUGUCGCUGAGACUUUAAUCGUCGCUCAGCGUGUUAUAAUGCUUUUGCUAGAUAGUGAUCGCUUAAAGAAACACGUGCUACAACACGUGUAUAAAUAUGUGAAAGAAAAUCUUUUCUUUAAUAUUUAUAUUUAUAAAAAAAAAAAAAAAAAUAGUCAACUAUGAAGAUUUUUGUUUAUAACCAUGUAAAUAUUUAAAUUUGUAAUUAUUUUUUAAAACAGCUUUGUAAUGUUACAAUGCGAAUACUUUUAUCUUAAAAAAUACUAUACUGUGUAUAUAUAUAUAUUUAAACAUUAUUACUACAGUAAACGUUUACCGUU